GUGUUUUAAGAUUUUGAGAUAGGUAUUUUGAGGGUUGCAAACCUUCUGCCUCAGAGGUAUUCGAGUAUUUAUUGGAAAACAAAUGCUGAGUUUGGGAGGCCGCACCCAGACCUUCCGAAACCGUAUCAGGAUUGGCGCUCGGAGAUACGGGUUUACUGGCAUACCUCGCAGCGGUUUUUGUCUGCCCUGAAGUUUGAGAAAAUGCUACUGCUCUUUUCCUGCUUCAGGGUCUGUGUGAGCUCCGAGACCCCCAGGAUGUCGGCACGCGGAACAAGCAUCUGUCAGGGACACUCGGAACCUAUUAGUAUCACGUUUUACUACAUCUUAGUGUAGUUCAGACCCCUCCGUCCUCACUCAUCCCUGAGGUGAAAAGUUUUAUCAGCGGACUGUAAUUUCUUCACUGUCAAAAUGACAUCACUUUCCACCUCUGCGCAGUGUUCAGCGUCUGACAGUGCUUGUAGGAUCUCUUCCGAACAAAUCAGUAAGGUACGACCAAAGCUGACACUUUUGAAGAUUUUGCAGGCAGCAGGUGCACAAGGGGAAAUGUUCACUUUUAAAGAGGUUAUGCACUAUCUGGGCCAGUAUAUAAUGGUGAAGCAGCUUUACGAUCAGCAUGAGCAGCAUAUGGUAUAUUGCGGGGGAGAUCUUCUGGGAGAACUGCUAGGACGUCAGAGCUUCUCGGUGAAAGAUCCAAGCCCUCUCUAUGAUAUGCUAAGAAAGAAUCUUGUCACCUUAGCCACUGCUACGACAGAUGCUGCUCAGACUCUCGCUCUCGCACAGGAUCACAGUUUGGAUAUUCCAAGUCAAGACCAACUGAAGCGAAAUGGAGAGGAAAGUUCCAAUUCCAGAAAAAGAACUGAAGAAGGUGAUAAUCCUGUACUAUCUACCUCACAGCAUAAAUGUAUAAGUUCUAAAGACGAAGACUUAAUAGAAAAUUUAACUCAAGAUGAGGCAUCUGGGCUGGACCUUGAGUUUGAGCAAUGGGAUGUAGCUGGCCUGCCUUGGUGGUUUUUAGGAAACUUGAGAAACAAUUAUACACCUAGAAGUAAUGGCUCUACUGAUUUACAGACAAAUCAGGAUAUAGGUACUGCCAUUGUUUCAGACACUACAGAUGACUUGUGGUUUUUGAACGAGUCAGUAUCAGAGCAGUUAGGUGUUGGAAUAAAAGUUGAAGCUGCCGAUACUGAACAGACAAGUGAAGAAGUAGGAAAAGUGAGUGACAAAAAGAUGAUAGAAGUGUGCAAAAAUGAUGACCUUGAGGACUCAAAGUCCUUAAGUGAUGAUACUGAUGUAGAAAUUACCUCUGAGGAUGAAUGGAAGUGUACUGAAUGCAAGAAAUUUAACUCUCCAAGCAAGAAGUACUGUUUCCGUUGCUGGGCCCUGAGGAAGGAUUGGUAUUCAGAUUGUUCUAAGUUAACCCAUUCUCUCUCCACAUCUGAUAUCACUGCCAUACCAGAAAAGAAGGAAAAUGAAGGAAUUGAUGUCCCUGAUUGCCGAAGAACCAUUUCGGCACCCGUUGUUAGACCCAAGCAUGUAUACAAAAAGGAAGAAGGCUCCAAACUUUUCAGUCCCUGCAACUCAGUGGAAUUCUUGGAUUUGGCUCACAGUUCUGAAAGCCAGGAGACCAUCUCAAGCAUGGGAGAACAACCAGAUAAUCUUUCUGAACAGAGAGCAGAGACAGAACACAUAGAGGAUUGCCAGAAUCUCUUAAAGCCAUGUAGCUUAUGUAAGAAAAGACCGCGAGAUGGAAACAUUAUUCAUGGGCGGACAGGCCAUCUUGUCGCUUGUUUUCACUGUGCUAGGAGACUAAAGAAGGCUGGAGCUUCGUGUCCUAUUUGCAAAAAAGAGAUUCAAUUUGUUAUUAAGGUUUUUAUAGCAUAACUGAAGCAGUGAAUUGUAGCAAAGGACCAAGAGGGCUGAAAUACUAGCAUCAAGUAUUUCUACCCAGUGUAACACAUUUCAUCUGUUACAUAUGUCUGUGCUCUGGUAUGUUUCCUUUCCAAACUUAAGGAAUUUGAGAAUGAGUUCUUUAGAAUGAGAUGAUUAAAUUGGGGACAUGGAAAAUCACAUAUACCAACCACUUCAUAGUCCCUGGAAAGAUGACCUGGUAAGUAACAACUGCCAGUGCAGACACAGAAAUGCAGUCAGAUUGCUGGGGCAGCUGGAUCCCACAUAACCAGCUGUGCAGAUCGAGUGCCAGAGCCAGUGGCUUAAGGGGCACAUGGUGCAUGCGUGUGCGUGCCCAAAAUCCCAGGAGGAGAAUGGAGGAGACGGGGG